AUGCAGGCGGAAUCUAACCAAUACGAGAAAUCCAAAGAGAACUCCAGGUUAUUAUACACAUCAUGCGAUGAACAGAAAAUUGAUUCCUACAGCGAAGAUAUGAUACUCUCAGGUAAAAGAUAACAUUAAAGUCGUUUAAUCACAGGGCGCCCACACAAUCUGCUUGUGUAGCCGAUUGUUAUUUUAUAGUAAAUGUACUGGAUUUACCGUUUGCCUCGUUCGCCGUUGACUGUUCCUUCUACUUAUAAGGAACAGUCAACGGCGAACUCAAACUCCUUCAAAAUCGCUCAAAAAACCGCUUUUGAGGCAAAAGGACGAUUAUAUACCACAGGUAAGGUAAUUCAACGUUUAUUUAUCAUUGAUUUAUAUACAUAGUUAGCAACAUAUCGGUAUAGGUGAGGCAAACGGUGAAUCCAGUACAUUUGCUAUAAAAUAACUAUCGGCUACACAAACAGAUUGUGUGGAGGCCCUCUGGUUUAAUGAGACCUGCUUGAUGUCUCAAGUGACUCAGAUACCCGGUUUCUUACGUGAUAGAAAAAAUAAGGUAUGCAAAGCUAUGAUCAUUUGAAGAUUUUAUGCAAAUUAGGCUCAAGCAAUGCCUUACCGGUAACAGCCAUGUCGAGGUGACUUUAUUUCAGUCACAACGAAAUCACGCUAUGGUCACGCCAGUUGGGCACGAAACUUAGAAAAUGCUUCCGACCAUACACUAGGGGACGAAGUUGAAUAUAUAAUUUUUUUUAUAUUAACAAGCACAGGAGUUUGGUCUUCAGUAGUAAUCAUUGAUCGUUUAUUGCGACAGUGCUGUUUCGUAUGGUCCGAAAUUGUAGGACGACACUCAAGUUGUCAGACUGGAGAGAGUUGCUAUGCCUCAAGGGCUAGAAUUGCCGUAGAAUGUAUUAUAUUAGAGACUAGCUCACAAUGCAAAGUAGGUCUGGUAAACCGCAUGAAACACUGAAAGAUCCUAAUAAAAUAUUUACAGUUUUUACUUAAAAUAUGAAAAUAGGCAGUUUUAUUAAAAAAUAGACUUAUGACAUCAUAUCCCAUUACAUAGCAGCUUAUUCUCUCCAAACAUUAUCAAAAUAAAUCUAAGGGAUGCGAACAGCUACAAGAAACAGCAUGUCCUAAAAACUUCUCCUUGCAUGUCCGAUAGUUAAUUAACACAAUAAUAAGAAAAUAACUAUUCACAGACUACUAUUGUUAAAUUUCGUUAAGAUCAACCAACACGAGGAUUUCAUCUUGACAUAAGAAAGAUGCUGAUUGGCGUUGCCAUAGUGAUCGGCGUCGCUUUGUCCUGGGUAGGUUCGACGCAGUUCGCUCAGAGUACGUACUCACCGGAGUUCAAUGCUCCAUUUUUUGUCGCGUGGUUCUCAACUUCCUGGAUGCUAGUAGUUUUUCCGGUCUAUUUUUUGCCAGGACUACUGAAAGGAAAGAAGAUGCUUCAAUUUUACAGGUAAACUCACUAGGCCAUUUCUGAGUUUCAAAAUUUCCCACUUUCAAAACGGGGCUAAGUGCAAAACCUUUCUUUACUGAAAACCCUUGCUGAAAACGAGUUUUAUCUGCACGAGAAUAGAGAACCAUUUUCAUGUCAAUGGCCUCGCACUUAGCUUCGCUCUGAACAGAGCCUUGGGGCAGCUUAGAAAUGGCCUAAUAAAAAGAGAUGAAGGUUCUAUUUUUCAAAGCUUGCAUUACUAACGUAAGAUUCAUUUAGAAAUGUUUCAACAGCCUAAAGGUUGACACCAGAUUUCUCUAAAAAUCACCACCAGAAUGAAAUAAUUUUCUGCCUACUGCGAGCCAAACAUUAUAUCUGGAUGAGUACGAAUAAAAAAGCCUUUCCUAAGAUACAAGACUUUCAACAUUGCUUCAAAUCAAUUUAUCUAUUGGAGGAAAACUUAAAGCCUAAAGAUAGCCCAACCAAAAAGUGGGAGCUUUUAAAAAAACUUUAUUUUGAAGGACUGUGUUAGUUUCUCCUCAGUGUUGUCAGUCCCCUGUGUACAAUCCGUACAAGUUGACAGCCUUCCCUCAGUGCCUACUCAAAUGAAUCAAGCAAUGCGCAAUGCAAAACAGUUUGCACUUUAAUCUUUUUAGUUUAACUUGUAAGCACCGCUUAAUGUAAUCUGCUUAAUGUCUGUAAGUACAUGUUUGAAAAUAUUACAAUAAAAAAAUGAGUUAACAUUUGAAAACGCGUGCAAUACUUUUUAAUGCCUCUUCGCUUAUCUUCACGCUAAAAGUCCCUAUAACGCUGGCCGACAUAACAUAAAAUUGGACAACAUCAGCUUAAUUUGUUCGUUUUUAAUCCGGCAAUUUUGCUGUUGCUAAAUCACUGAUUGCUUAAUUCUUUUUGCGGAGAUAGAUUCAUAUUGGUAAACUUUGACACAAGAGUUCAUGUUUUGUUGUGAUUGUUAACUUGUUUUAGAGAAAGUGAAAAGGUGUUUGGAAGUCAAGGCCUGCAUCUUAAGUCCUUAAUCAAAUACGUGGGUCCGUUCUGUUUGCUGUGGAUGUUGACGAACUAUUCUUACGUUCGUGCUCUCGGCGUGAUCAGGGCAGCGGAUGUCACGGCUCUGUUUUCAUCCUGUAGUGCUUUUGUUUAUGUGUUCUCCUUGAUUUGGCUAAGGGAAAGGCUAGGCAUUGUUAAGGUAAGACGAAAGAUACGUUAAGUGCUCCCAAAAUUAAGCCACGGUAAAACGGGCAUCAGAAACGUGCAACUUGGUUUGCAACCUUGCUGCAAAACUCACCCACGUUCAAACCUGUUUCGCAACACUGAAUCAGGUUGUUGCAACUUGUGUGAAUACUGACUUCUGAUUGGAUAAAAUUACGCGGGAGUCAAGCUAUACACUGGAGGUACGUCACUUGUUGCAAAACAAGUUUGCAUUGGGCUGGUAAAACUCGCAACAUGUACAGACCUUGUUGCAAAAGUAGAACUACUCCCUACUUUCUGCAACAACUUUUAGCAACCUGCAAAAACCUCAUUUGUUAUAAGAUAGGUUUGAUUCGACAGCAGUGAAAAACUCGCUAAAAAAUGAAUUUACAUUCUCUUAAACGUUAUCGCGUCUUUUUAGAUCCGCUCAAAUAGUCAAAUGUGGGCGGUUUUUCGUCGAUUUUAAUUUUUUUAGACUGUAUCCAGGUUAAAAAGGGAAAAAGAGAAUUCGUCGUCGUAUGUUCACGUCCUCAAUCCAUAAAACGUCACAUUAGGAGGUUUCACAACGUAGUCGUGUGGUGGAUGUACGUCAAAGAUAUGUACCAAACUGCGCGAUGCACGUCGUGCAAAACUGUUGUUUUGCUGAUAAAACCAGUUGUUUUUUUGGCGUUGUGGUCGUCCUUGUGGUAAGGUUGCCAAAGCUCUAUCCACUAAUAAAUUUACCUUCCUCAUUGACGAACUUCACUAUCUUUAAAUUCAUUCUGAACUCAUCAGGUAACCGCAGUCCUGUUAUGUAUCGGCGGUAUAGUGAUGAUGGCUUACGCAGAAGGUUUUCAAGGACCGAACGCUGCCGGUGUAAUACUGUCCGUAGCUGCGGCUAUAGGGGCUGCUUUGUACAAGGUAACUUCUGAAGUACCGUUAGGGUCUCAAACGCAACCAACAUGCGUGGCCCCUGUGAGAAAGGGCAUGUUGUAGCCCCGGGAAUACAAUAGGGUUAGAGUGAAAGGGGCUAUCUGAUGUCACUGCUUUAAGCCCCUUGAAAACGGGCGCAACAUUGAGUGUAUUUAUACAAACACGUUCACGUCCAAGGUAAGCAGCGGCUUAGAUAAGGCCAGCACAAAACUCCUCUGCCAGGAUCAGCCGCGGCUUGAGCUAGCCGCGGGUUGAAUAAUCUGUGAACGUAGAUUUUGUACCAUUUACAGCUAUUCCAGAAAGGUUGUCGGAAAAAGUGUGCACGCGAGAAUCCUAACCCUAACCCUUACCCUAACCCAUUCUAUCUAUUCCUAGAUAAUUUUUACAUUUUAGAUUUUUUUAGUGGUUUGUAAAGCGCCUUUGGAUGCCUGCAGAAAAGGCUCUAUAUAAAUUUGUUAUUAUUAUUAUUAUUAUUAUUAUUAUUAUUAUUGUCAUCAUCUCACCCCCCCUUUCCCCGCCCCCCCCUAGGGAUGUACAAUUUGUGUGAGAGAUGUAUUCGCAUCGUUUUUAGGGUCGUCACGCAACGCUGGAGAAGCAUUGCGUGACGGCCCUCUACAGAAGGAGACUAUACAUACCCAUGCACAUGUUUUUUACUUUAGGUGUGGUUCAAAAGGAUUGUAGGAGAUGCUACAUUGGGUCAAGUUUCCCUGUUUCUGUCCUGUCUUGGCCUGCUAAGCACAUUACUUCUCUGGCCAAUUAUCGUCAUCUUUCAUCUCACACACUACGAAGACCUCACCUGGAGAAAUAUUCCAUGGAAAUAUCUUUUUGGAAAAGCAUUUCUAGGAAUAAUUUUUAAUUUUUUGAUUAACUUCGGCAUCGCUUUCACGUACCCUUUGUUUAUCUCUCUCGGCACCGUUCUCGGGAUUCCUAUCAAUGCUUUGACAGAUUUUCUCUUCCGAGGUUCAGCGUUCGGUGGUUUUAAGAUAGUCGCUGCAUCGUAUAUUGUCAUUGGUUUUCUAUUCAUGUUAUUACCGAAAGAAUUUGAAGAAAGUCUUCAGCAAACAUUUUGUUGCGGCGGCCUAUGUAGGUAA